UCCCCUGAUACCUCACUCCUUUAUCAAUGCAUUGUCAUCUCACAAGAGUUUUUUCUGUGUGCUCUCACAGCACGUUUCUGUUUUUGUUGGCAGUGUCACUGUCCCUCCCUGCCUUCUUCCACAACGACACUACUCUCUCCUCUCUCAUUUUUACACUUUUCUCCAUUCUUCAUUCCCCACUACAGUAAUAAAAUCAUUCAACUUUCCUUAACCUCUUCCAAAACUUAACACUUUUGGAACUUUUCAUUAAUGGGUUUGAUUCAUAUAUUCACCUAAUCCACAGUUUCUCAAUUCUUUAACCCCCCCACACCCAACUGUUUCAUUUUUUCUCUUCUUCUAUGCUUUUUUAUUAUAAAAAAAUAAUCUUUUUUUAUUUAUAUAUAAAUAUGUGUUUUUGUUUUCUAUUAUUACACAAACCCCAAAGCUCCGAAGUUUGAGACAUUUCAUGUUCUGUUUCAUUUUCUGAGAAAACCCUGUUUGUUGUUUUUGGUGUUUUGUUUUUCUUGUGGGGUGUUGAAAAAUGACAACUUUGCAAAUGACCCAUGUUGAUUUAGAACAAGGAAAUCAUCAUCAUCAUCAACAACAUCAUCAUCAUCAUCAUCAUAAUCAUAGUUCUGUGAGUGGUGAAGGUAGUUUAUGUUUUUCUGAUGCUGAUGAUGGUUCAAGCUAUUCACGUUUCUAUUCAACAAAUGGUGGUUCAUAUGAUGAUUACUCUUUUGCUUGUGUUUCUGAUCCUGAACUUGGAACUGGUGUUCAUGAUUCUGGUAGAGUUUCAUCUGUAUCUGAUUGUUCUGUUGAGGUUGAAAUUAGAAUUGGGGUUCCUGAGAUUAAGGUGCAUUUGGCCAAAGUGGAGAAAGAUUGUAGAAUUUGUCACAUGGGUUUGGAAAGUGAAAGUCAUGAAUCUGGUCCUCCAAUUGAAUUGGGUUGUUCUUGUAAAGAGGAUUUAGCUGCUGCUCAUAAAAACUGUGCUGAGGCUUGGUUCAAGAUUAAGGGAAAUAGGACCUGUGAAAUUUGUCAUUCAGUAGCGCGAAAUGUUUACAGUGCAAAUGAGGAAUCAACAGAGAAUGUGAGCGACAAUAACAAUGCUACCGCAUCAUCCACACUCUCAACAGCUGCUCCUACAGCAGAAACUCAAAGAUUUUGGCACGGCCAUCGUUUCUUAAAUUUUCUGCUUGCUUGUAUGGUUUUUGCAUUUGUUAUAUCAUGGCUUUUCCAUUUCAACAUGCCAUCAACUUAGUUUCAUUCACAAUUUAAUGCACAUUUGAAGCUUAUUAGGGAGCAAACAAGCCAGAAAGGCAAAGAAGAAAAGAAAAAGAGAGGAAAAAAGAAUUAUUCUACAAUUUGAGGCCUAAUUGAGUUUAUAUAGGCAUUAUUGAAUCUUUUCUUCAAUUUCUGUUGUGUAUUUGUCCUAAAUCAUUUAGCUUCACAAAAUGUGUUCAGAAUCAAUGUAGUUUCUGGACAACUACUUGAAUGGUUAUUCAAAUGUAUAUUAUAUAUCAUAUUAUAUUGUGACUCAAUCAAUGCUUUUAGGUGCA